AUGAAUAAAUUUGCUGAAAGAAAAUAUAAUUCUUUCUUUGUAGAUAUCUCUGCAUCUUUUGUGCGUGAAAUAUGGAUACAUACACCGGAUACAGGGGAUAGUGUUAAUUUGGUUCCCAAUGCUCCCGAACUAAGUCACCCUUUGAACCAGUACGGGUUUAAUGCCUCUCAAGACUAUUCAAUAAACUUUGAUCUAAAAGUUUGUAGAGAUGCAUUUGUAUAUUUAUCCGCCUCUCCAGUAAUGAAUAAACAUGCAGUUUUGUAUGAAGUUUGUAUAGGAGGAAACGGAGGGAACCGGAUUUUGUUGCGCAGAAACGACGCUACAUUCCAAGAUGUUGCCGCAAACGAACUCGGAGACGGAAGCACACAAUGUGGAUCAUUUCAACCAUAUUGGAUUUCAUGGCAAAAUGGAAAUAUUAAGAUAGGUAAAGGUCUGUCUGUAGAUAACGAAGUAGUGAUUGAUUGGAGAGAUCCUAAUCCCUUCAUUAUUCAUGGUGUAGGUGUGAGGACAGGCCUUGGACAAAUAGGGCAAUGGAUUAUUCAUAUGAAAGGUAAACAUUAA